UCCAAGGUGAACGCGGAAGUGAAAAGCUCCGCGUGCGCGCCUAUGGAGUCGCUGCUGCAGCAUCUGGACCGCUUCUCCGAGGUCCUGCAGGUUUCCCGCACGAGUCACGUCAGCACCUGGGACGCGGGCACCGUGCGCAGAGCGCUGCAGUGGGCGCGCUACCUGCGCCAAGUCCACGAGCGCUUCGGCCGCCACGCCGCCAUUCGCCAGGCCCUGGAGCAGCGUCUGCAAAGCAGGUGGAAGCGGGAGGGUGACCCGGGGCCCGCCCCACGCUCGGGGUUACCGAACUUCCAGGCCUUGGGGCGCUGCGAGCUCCUUCUAGCGCUGAACCUGCUGGAGAACCGGUCCCUCGGGGAUGCCGCCCAUCGCUUCCUGCUCCAGCAGCUCUUCCCGGGCCCCGGCCCCCUGGCCGAGGCCGAGGACUCUCUGCAAGGCCAUUUGGCCCUCCUGGCCCGUCGCCGGGCCGCUGUCCACUUGCUGCUCCUGGACGGCUCCCGGCUAGGGAGUCCGGCCCUCCCGGACGACCCGCUGCUGAAGACACAGGCCCAGCUGCUGCUGGGACGCCUGCAGGACGUGGGCCAGGCUGGCCCCCAGGGACCCCGCGCGUUGCUCUGCAGCCUGUGGGAGCGCGUGUCCCGGGACAACUUCCUGAAGGUGCUGGCCACCGCGCUGCUGCUGCUGCAGCACCCCGACCCCCCGCAAGAGGAGUCGGAGGAGUCCGACACCCCCAGCUGCCCCGGGAACUGGGGGGCAGAGCUCCUCCCGUGGCUUCUGGGCGAGUCGGAUGCCCUGACCGCCUUUUGCCGCCAGCUGCCAGCCGGACUGUUGGCCUCGGUGGCAGGUGGCCACCCCGCCUUCUGCCGGGCCUACUUGGCUCUGCUGACCGAGUGGGGUGGACAGCUGCACUACAACCUCCGGGAAGGCGCGUGGCGGGGAGCCGAGGCCAGCGCGGGGUCCUGGGGGGAGCUGCGGGGCCGGUUUCACAGUCUCUGGCAGGAGUCGCCUUCUCUCCAGCGGGAAGUUCAGGCCACCUUGGAAGCUUGCAAGGCCCAGGAGGGAGACUUUGAAGUUCCUGGGCUCAGCGUCUGGACUGACCUGUUGGCAGCCCUCCGGAGGGGCUCCUCACACACGGGCGUUUAAGAAAAAGACAAGUGUUGGGUCUCGGGUCACCACCCCCUUUGCUAUGAGCCAUCUGUGACCGUGUUUACAAUUAUAAAAUAACAGUGUUCUCACCAAACCCUUCCAUGUAUCCAAAAUACAAUUUUUUUUUCAUGCUAUAAGUGAGUGGAUUAUUGUAUAGUUAGAAAUGUAAAGUGACUAGCUUGCAGAGGAGGUAACAGUAGGUCAUCUACUGAAAAUGCUGAAAUUAGCGAUAGGAUUUUUUUUAAAGAAGUUAAAAUACUGCCCAAGUUCAAAGUUCAAAGACUGCCCAAGAGCCACUUUUCCAUGGCAAAGCUUUCAAGUAACAAGACACCCCCUCUUCUCUCAUAGUUUAGUUUUGUUGCUUCUUCCUUCCCCGUAUCCCAAGUAGUGAAGUUUCAAGGAGCACCAAGUUUUGCCAGAAACGCCGGCUGAAAGGCCAACUGGCAUGUUUAGAAUUUAAACCCUGGCCUUGCUAACCUGGUGUUCUAAGCAGUUAACCAGGCCUAGCAUAAAUUCUGUUAUUCAGAAAGUUUGUUUCUCAUUUCUGCAAAUGCUCCAGGUCCAAAAAACAUUUUUUUAGCAUUAAAUUCAGCACAAGAAAAUAAUUGUUUACAUAAAGCAUAGUAAAAAAUGUAUUUGGAUAUUAAUUUAGCUGUUGAUCAUAAAUUAAUCAAAGUAUACUUAUGAAAUCGAAGAUAUUUUAUUUCUUUCUUUGAGGUAGGAAUGGGCUCACACCUGCAGUGGUGAGGGCUUACUCCUGACUCUAUUCUAAAGUAUGGAACCUGGGUCCACAUGCAAGGCAAACUCUUACCUGCUGUACUGUCCAGGCCCAAUAGAAGUCAUUUGACUGCUGCGUCUGCCAUUAUUUAAGUUAAUAAAUCACAACUUUUUGGUUUGUGUUCUUUA